GAGAUGGAGGAGGAAAAACCAUGGGCGUUGGUCUCAGAGGUGGGGGGUGAGUUCGGAUACCUCGAAGAGCUGGCUGACAUUUUGAAACAACACUUCCAACUCGUCCACUGCAGAGAGUUUCUACAAAACCCAGCACUUCAUGGCCCCAAAAUCCAGGCCCUGUUCAGUUGGAAGUACUGCCCCGCAGCCGAGCCCGCACUGCUCAGACUGCUUCCCUCGCUCAAAGUGGUUGCCAGCGGAGGAGUGGGCAUUGACCACCUGGAUGUACCAUUCAUCAACAGUCUCGGGGUAAAAGUGGCCAACACGCCCCAUGUAGUCAGCAACUCCACUGCAGAUCUAGCCAUCGGUCUUCUGCUGGCGUCAGCUCGCAAGAUCCUUGAGGCUCAUCAGAUCGCAGUGGACCCAAAGACUACCUCUAUACCACAAAGCCUGAUGGGAGAUGAAGUCACCGGGUCGACCCUUGGGAUUAUUGGAAUGGGAGAGAUUGGUUACAAAAUCGCUCAGAGAAGCAAAGGAUUUGAAAUGAAGAUACUGUAUCACAGCAGGACCAGACGGAGUGAAGAAGAUGAGCGAGCAGUGGAAGCGAGUUACUGUGAAAGGCUGGACGACCUGCUGAGGAGGUCAGACUUUAUCGUGAUAGCUGUCAAGCUGACCUCAGACACAGUGGGCCUCGUUGGCCACAGAGAACUGUCCCUCAUGAAACCCACGGCAACACUGGUCAACAUCAGCAGAGGUCAAGUCGUGGACCAGGAGGCUUUAGUUAAAGCUCUCCAGUCGGGAACGAUUCGUGCAGCCGCAUUAGAUGUGACUCAUCCUGAACCAUUACCAAGGGAUCAUCCGCUGCUUGGCCUGCCCAACGUGCUGAUCACCCCCCACAUCGGGAUCAGUACCUACAACACAGCGCGCAGGAUUGUGGAGAAGAUGCUAGAAAACGCUCUGGCUGCAGUGAAAGGCUUACCUGUUCCAAAUGAAGUCAAGCCUCAGUGA